AUCUGCUUUCAGCAUACAACAUGCCACCUAUUCGCCCUCACCACAAAACACGAACUGGAUGCAAAACGUGCAAGAACCGCAAAGUCAAGUGCGAUGAAGACUUUCCCAUAUGCAAGAACUGCACCAGGAGAGGGAUAGAAUGUGUCCGGAGUACUACUGGCACAAAACACGGAUCAACAGCGCUAGUACGGUCGAUGCUGGGCGAACAAACAAGUUCGAACCAAGACAUUGCCACAAUACUGAGGUGGACCAGCACAGGUUCAUCCGACUUGUUGACGUUGGAAUUAAUUCACCACUAUUCUACAUCUACUUCCUAUUCACUCUCUUUGGAACACGGCGCGUCGGCAUUCUGGAGCAACAUCAUUCCCAAGAUGGCCUUUGACCCCCGCAAUCAGUGUCUUCUCCAUGCAAUUCUCGCUUUCUCAGCUCUCCAUAUUGGCCACGCCAAUUCAACGUCUCCUUUCGCGGAUCGGUACAUCUCAGCUGCAAGCGCAUAUUAUUAUCAAGCGAAAAGAGGCCUACACAUAGCAGACACGGGGGAGACUGCAGACAUAAAUGCCGUUCUCAUUGCGUUGUCUCUCGUCGCGCGAUAUGAAUUUGCUACAUCAGCAGUAGCAUUUCCAUCCUUAGCGAGCGAUUGGUAUUUCACCAUCCGCGCAAUCCGCCGGAACAUUCAUGAAAAGGAUCGGACGCAACUCGAGAGCAGUGUUCUGUGUUCGCUUUUUGCUGCUAUGGCGCCGUCACUCUUAUUCACGUCUCUGGAAGAAGAGUUUCCGUCAUCCUUGUCGACACUCCUGAGUACAACACAUCCAGCUCCGGAUGUUGAGGAGCUGAACGACGUGUCAAUACGUACCGCCUAUGAAGAUUCGAUAUCUUAUCUGGAGCGAGCAUGGAAAGCUCCACUCAAUGAAAGCGUCGGCAUAUGGUGGUAUAUAAUGCCCAACGCGUUCUUUCAAUUAUUGAAGGAGGGGAGACCCCGUGCACUCAUAAUACUGGCGCACUACUGUGUUAUGAUGAAGCGCGUAACUCAGGAAGGGCGGCUGUGGUGGGCGAAGAAGCAGUGGGGUAAUGAGGCUGCGAGAAUUAUCUCCCUGCUUGACGCCCGAUGGACACCGUGGUUAGGAUGGCUCUCGAGUCAGUUGGAUGAAGUGCAUAAUACCCAAGCUCUGGAUUUUGCGGGCAUAGAUUUUUUGAGUUGGUUAAAUGAGGCAUCAAUGCAGGAGGCGGUUAUUGGACAGACCAUUUCUGGUUUGCAUACGAUAUAAUAGGUUAUAUCCGGAAGGGUACGCCCGAAUCUGUCUUUUAUUCAUACUUCUUGGCCCUUCCUCAGUGUUUAGAAUCAGCCCAGAACAUCUCUCUUUUCUGAGGAGAUCAAGUUCCCCACACCAAGGUUUUGGACAUUAAGUCCAGUGUGAGACCGCGCCACUGAAGAAAGAAGAGAUGCUUUAUCAUACACGGCAUAUGACAAGUAGCAAUACGGGACUCAAGCUGUGGUCAUC